GAUUCAAGCAGUUGGGAUGGAGAUUGAAUAAACAGCCUGAGUAAUAUUUCUGCUUGAGUCAGUGGCAGAUUUGUCAGGGGCUUCAACAAGAUUUCUUCACCAACCUUUUAUCACUUUAAUUUCCCUGCUGUACUCUUGUCCAGCAAAACUAAUUAAGGCAAAAUGUGGCUAAAUUAGCUUUGAAAGCAGGUUUUUUUUUUUCUUUAAAACUGAAAGUAGUUAUGAAAUCAUAUUUUAACUAUCUGCUCCCCAGUAUUUUAAGGUGUGAUAUGUUGACACCUCAUACCAAGUAUUUUUUAUUUCCCUGCUUUUAUUUUUAAGUGGCUAUGCUUACUUUUUGGUGGUUUUUCUAUACGCUUGACCUGCUAUUAAAGAAAUCUGAUCUAAAUUUAAGUUCUAAGCAAACUAAUGACUAAAAAUUAGACUUACUUCCUAUUUGAAUGGUUUGGUUGGCAUAGCUUAUAUUCUGUUUAUUUCAGAAAGUAUUUGUGACUAAAAUCCGUCUGUUUGCAUCUCAAGGAGUGAUUUUUGCCUGAGACCCUCUAAGUCAUUCAGACCCUUUCAUUUAAUGCUUUGAAAUAUUGAUUAAAUACAUUCACUCUGGUUUGCUUUAAUCUGAUUACACAUCCAGAAGUUUUCUUCUGAUGUGGCGCAGCCAUGUCUGGUGUAAGCUGGCUUAAUUAGCACUGCUUAGUGAUUGGGGACCCCUGUCAAAGGCUGUUAUGUUAUCUGGAAACAGAAGGAGUUAAAGCUGAAGCUGUGACCUCAUCCCCGUUCAUGUUACACCGGAGUAGAAGCCGCGCUGAGAGGGAUCCUUUGGCUGCAUCGCUGGCUGUGCUGCUCCUUGAUUGCUUUAAUUCGGGUCUGAUAUCUGUCGCACGCUCGCUGAACAGCCCUUACAGGAGGGAUUUGUGGGAAUGCUACAGGCAAAGGAAGCUGUGCUAAUACCGAGUGCCCGUGGAAAUAGCUCUCACGGCAAUAGACUCAGAUCUUUCUACCUGAUUUCAACUUCUUACUGCUUCGCCUGGUGAAAAUUGAAGCGGCACCGAGGAGAGCUCACACGCACAGAGAAACACUCCCGCACUCCCGCAGCCGCGCGUGCCACUGAUUCCAUCCCAUCCUUGCCGCCGGCUGCGUGGGAGCUGCGGGAGCGCCGCUGUGGCUUUAACGUGGCAGCGGCGCAGGCUACAAUAGGUGUCACUGUGUGCGAGCCCAAUCGCGCUCGGUGCCUGCAGCCAUUGGCUCCGCGCUGCCGGCCCCGGCCGCCCGGCUGCCAGUCCCGCUCCGCUCCCUGCCCUUCCCGCACAACUUGGGCUCGCCGGCAGCCUGGCACCGCCGCCGUGCGCUCCUCCUGCCCUCCGCCCCGGCUGUAGCGCUGCCAGGCGGCUCCUGAUCGGGAAAGCUGGAAGGGAAGAAAGCUGGCAGGAAUGAUGGGGAUGUAUUUAACGGUUCGAGUACUGGAUCAAACUUAAACUCAGUUUCUUACUCUAGGUGCUGGAAAGGUCACCUUGUCUUGCUGGAAAAGAAGCAGACUCUCAGCUCUGCUGCUUUCGGUGUUACAGCUUCCACAUAGGUUCCUAAAUGAUCCUAGCUAGUUAGGCUGUCGGUCUUAACUCACGGGUAUACUGAUGGUAGAUGAGAAAGGAAAGAACAUGAAAUGUCUCACCUUCUUCUUGAUGCUUCCAGAGACGGUCAAGAACAGGUCUAAGAAGAGCUCUAAGAAAGGAAAUAGCAGCAGCAGUAGCAACAGCAAAUUGCCUCCAGUUUGCUAUGAAAUCAUUACCUUGAAGACCAAAAAGAAGAAGAAGAUGGCUGCUGAUAUUUUUCCCCGAAAGAAACCAGCUAAUACUAAUACAACUGCUGUCCAGCAGUACCAUCAGCAGAAUCUCAAUAACAACAACACUAUUCCUGCGCCUAAUUGGCAAGGACUUUAUCCGACCAUCAGAGAGAGAAAUGCAGUGAUGUUCAACAAUGACUUGAUGGCAGAUGUUCAUUUUGUGGUCGGGCCACCAGGUGGGACCCAGCGGCUGCCAGGACACAAAUAUGUCCUGGCUGUUGGGAGCUCUGUAUUCCAUGCAAUGUUUUACGGAGAGCUUGCUGAGGACAAAGAUGAAAUCCGUAUACCAGAUGUUGAGCCUGCUGCUUUUCUUGCAAUGCUGAAGUACAUCUAUUGUGAUGAGAUCGAUUUGGCCGCAGACACUGUCCUGGCCACUCUUUAUGCUGCCAAGAAGUACAUUGUCCCUCACCUGGCCCGUGCCUGCGUUAACUUUCUCGAGACAAGUCUGAGCGCAAAGAAUGCCUGCGUGCUGCUUUCGCAGAGCUGCUUAUUCGAGGAACCUGACCUGACCCAGCGCUGCUGGGAAGUGAUUGAUGCCCAAGCUGAGCUCGCUUUGAAGUCUGAGGGCUUCUGUGACAUUGAUUUUCAGACACUUGAAAGCAUUCUCCGAAGGGAGACUCUGAAUGCCAAAGAAAUUGUUGUUUUCGAGGCAGCUCUGAACUGGGCUGAAGUGGAGUGCCAGCGACAAGAGCUGACUGCCACCAUCGAGAACAAGCGCAAGGUGCUGGGCAAGGCUCUCUACCUGAUCCGCAUCCCCACCAUGGCCCUCGACGACUUCGCCAACGGCGCCGCUCAGUCCGGGAUCCUGACUCUCAACGAGACCAACGACAUCUUCCUCUGGUACACGGCUGCCAAAAAGCCCGAGCUGCAGUUUGUCAGCAAGCCCCGCAAGGGCCUCGUCCCUCAGCGCUGCCACCGCUUCCAGUCCUGCGCCUACCGCAGCAACCAGUGGCGCUACCGGGGCCGCUGUGACAGCAUCCAGUUUGCUGUUGACAAGAGAGUGUUUAUUGCUGGCUUUGGGCUCUACGGCUCCAGCUGUGGGUCGGCAGAGUACAGUGCUAAGAUUGAACUGAAGCGACAAGGAGUUAUCCUGGGCCAGAACUUGAGUAAAUAUUUCUCCGAUGGUUCUAGUAACACUUUUCCCGUGUGGUUUGAGUACCCGGUGCAGAUUGAGCCUGACACCUUUUACACAGCAAGCGUGAUUCUGGAUGGUAAUGAACUCAGCUAUUUUGGACAAGAAGGAAUGACAGAAGUUCAGUGCGGAAAGGUGACUGUUCAGUUUCAGUGCUCCUCGGACAGUACAAAUGGCACAGGGGUACAGGGAGGACAAAUUCCUGAACUCAUAUUUUAUGCUUGAAUGGGAGUGUGUGGAUACAAAGCGUUUUGCUAUGAAGAACCUGUCUGGUUCAGGCCUACUGAUUCUUAGCUUUUUAUCUGCAGAUAUGUGAUCAGUACAGGGAAUACGUAACUAAAUGCUGUGGGCAAGUUCCUGGCUUGCUGUACUUGUAGCAUCAUUGGUGAUUAGUGUAAUAUUUAAACUGGAAGCUCUUAGAAACAAGCGCGUUUUAAAGGCUUUGUAAGAGGGGUGCCUGUUUGCGGGUGAUGCUGACCCUUUCUUUGAAUCACCGGUGAAUCAACAGAGGAUGUCUCCCUCUUGUAUCUCACUAAACACUGUCUUCAUUGAUCCAUUUUUUCUUUCUCCAUUUUCUGCUUACUGCUUGGAUUGGGGAGGUAGGCAUAGAAAAUGAAGAGUCUUGUUUUAUAGCUCUCUCUGCUGUCUGCUCUGCAGACAUUUAAAGGUUCCAGUAAACCAAGCUGCUUUUGACCAUAGGGACCGGAAGAAGUCCUUCAGUUAAAAGCAGAAAAAGCACACGUUUAAACCUUCAUCCUGUGAUAUUCUCCUGUAGCCAAUUGUUUGGGAUGGCUCCAGGGGAAGAUGGGAAGAGGGAAGCAUCUUUCAGGAAGCUCCACGGCAUACCAGCCAUAUCCCCCCAGUGCAUGGACAUGCAGGGAGGAAGGGAUGUGGGCUUGGCAAGUGAACUUUGGAGUUCAUUUUCUAGGAAUCCCACCUUGAAGGCAAGGAAGUACUUGCAUGUGUUCAAAUUGUGUAUGCAGCUCUUGAAAUUCUACUCCCAUCAACUCCAUGCUACAUUGGAGUUGAUCUGCUUUUUAAAUAGCAUUUCUUUGAACCCUUGCUAAAUAAAUGGGAAUUUAUAUCAAUCAUCUGAUGCAGGAUAAUUUUUUGUUUGUUUUGGGUGGGCUUUUUCCUUCUUCCUAAACAUGGUAGAGGCAGAUUUUAGAGGAACAAAAGAUGUAUCAAUCUUGACUUGGAUUUUUUUCUGUAACACAAGAUUUUUUUUUUCUUUUUUUAUUACCAGUGGAAAUUUAGACAAAGACAGAAGGUUCCCAACUGUGGUCACGUUACACUUAGUGUAUACCAUCCGAUAGCAGUGAGGGGGAGGAAGUCUCCCCUAAUGGGUUGUUGUUGGAGCUCUUGCAAUUGCUUGUGGCUACACAUCAAUCAGAGGAUUA